AUGGUUUCAAAUGUUACAAAAUCCCAUCUCCCUCGUAACCCCAGUUCUGCUCUUCGUGACCCGAAUUGGAAAAUGGCUAUGGAUGAUGAAUUUAAUGCUCUUAUUAAUAAUAAGACAUGGGAGUUGGUGCCCCAUCCACCUGAUGUUAAUGUUAUUCGUUCUAUGUUGAUUUUUACUCAUAAGAAUGAUUUUUUACAUGGUGAGCUUAAAGAGACUGUCUAUGUGCAUCAACCUCUUGGUUUCCGUGAUCGAACUCACCCUGAUUAUAUGUGUUUACCACGGAAGUCAUUAUAUGGUCUUAAAUGGGCACCCAGAGCUUGGUACAAGAGGUUUGCUGAUUUUGUUGCUUUUAUUGGUUUUACUACUAGUAGGAGUGACACUUCUCUUUUUAUUUACCGUGUUGGUAAGGAUGUGGCUUAUUUGAUGCUAUAUGUUGAUGAUAUUAUUCUUACCACUUCUAAUGAUGCUCUACGGCGAUCUAUUAUGUUCCGUCUUAGCUCAGAGUUUUCUAUGAAGGACUUUAGUCCUCUUGAUUAUUUUCUUGGUAUUAUUGUGACAAGGCAUAAAGGUGGAUUAUUUUUGUCACAACAAAGAUAUGCUGAGGAAAUCAUUGACAGGGCAGGGAGGAACUCGUGUAAGCCUUCGGCUACUCCAGUUGAAGUUAAGCCAAAGAUCAGUGCUUCGGAUUCCCCAUUUGCAGAUCUGACGCUAUACCGCAGCCUUGGUGGGGCGCUACAAUAUCGCACUUUUAGAAGGCCGGAUACAUCUUAUCCGUGCAACAGUUUACAUCUAUAUCCAUCAUCUAAUUCUUCUCUUAUUUCUUAUACUGAUGCUAAUUGGGGUGGGUGUCCCGAUACGAGACGCUCUAAGUCCGAAUAUUGUGUAUUUUUGGGUGAUAAUUUGAUUUCUUGGUCCUCUAAAUGCCAAGAUACUCUUUCUAAGUUUAGUGUAGAGGCAGAGUACCGGGGAGUUGCUAAUGUGGUUUCUGAGUCAUGCUGGAUUCGGAAUUUGUUAUUGGAGCUACAUUGUCCGAUUAAAAAGGAUACAUUGGUGUAUUUUGACAAUGUGAGUGCUAUUUCACUACUAGAAAACAGGCAAAUAACGACGGAUUAG